CUGCGCCUGCGCGGGGCCGCCCGCCUCUCCCCUCCCACCGCCUCCCCUACGGCAGCAGCUGGCGUCUAGCGCCGGGAGCCACGGUCGCCCUGCCCUGCUCCUCCGCAGGUGAUGCCGGUGCCUGGGGUGAUGCCGCUGGUGGGGCGGCCGCUACUGAUGGAGGAGGCGGCGGCGAUGGGGUCCGCGCGGGCCUCGUUGCACGUCCCCGCCACCGGCUCGCACCUUGGGGCCGCCCUGCCCGGCCCCUGAGCCCCGUGGAAGCGCCGGCGGCCGGACCGAUCUCUCGGCUUCGCCCCCCCUUCCCGGCCGCCAUCUCCCCCACUCCGUCCUCGAUGUCUCCCCUGCGGUGCGGAGCCUCCUCGCUCUCCUGCUCGCCGCCGCAGCCCUCCCGCCCCGCGGUCCGGUGGCGAGAGGCGUCCGGCCUCCGUGUCGUCAGGCCACCCGUCCCCCCCGGCUGAGGAGCGGCGGAGGAGAGGCCGCUGGACCACCCGCCACGAUGAAGGUGGAAGCGGGAGACAACUCCAUGAUUAACCUGUCUGUGCAGCAAGUGCUGAGUCUUUGGGCUCAUGGCACCGUCCUCCGCCACCUCACCGAGAUGUGGUACUGGGUCUUCCUCUGGGCUCUCUUCUCCUCUCUCUUUGUCCAUGGUGCUGUGGGAGUAUUAAUGUUUGUGAUGCUGCAGAGGCAUAGGCAGGGGAGACUGAUCUCUGUCAUUGUGGUCAGCAUUGGAUUUCUGGGUUCUGUAACAGGAGCAAUGAUAACCAGUGCUGCGGUAGCUGGGAUUUACAGAGUAGCAGGAAAGAAUAUGGCUCCCUUAGAAGCUCUUGUCUUUGGUGUUGGACAGACAGUACUGACGUUAAUUAUAUCAUUUUCAAGAAUUCUUGCAACGCUUUGAGACUUAAGUAGAAGGGGAAAAAAUCAACUAGUUGAAAGAAAUCCUUAAUCUGAGGAGAAGCUUCCUGAAAGUGGAUUGACCAGCUUGCGAACUUGAAUUCUAGUGCAAGAGAAAGGAAGCUAUGAGAACAUGCACUACAAAUCUAGAGGUUCAGUCAAAUGAACAGACUGUCCUCUAGUGUCUGAACUGUUGUACUUCUGCACUGCGCCUUACGUGCCUCAGUCAUAGGCAAGGUGCAAUCCUUGUGUGCGAAGUUGAGAUAAAGCACCUUGAAUAGCUGCCAGUCAGGUUAAUGCUGGGCGAUGGGAUCAUUGUUCUAAACAGUGUUGUAAUAAAAUAAAGGGAUGCUCCUGAAAAUUGCUGUACAUGCCAAACUUGGAGUUUAAUUCUUAACUGUUGGCUGGGUAAGCUUUGAAGUUGUAGUUGUAGAAGAAUGCUGUGAACAUACACUCGAAUUCAGGUAAAAUAGCAAGUGACUUUUGUGUUAACAGAAUCUCUUUGGCAAAAAUGUAAAAAAAAAAAAGAAAAAAGGGAAAUUGAAGAUAUCUACAGGGAAACAGCAAGAUUCAGUUUUCUUAAACUUAUUCAGCAUUCAAAGCAACUGAACAACUGUUAGGUCUGUUUCAAAGAUGAAUCUUUGGGGUUUAAGAACCACAGCUUUAGCAACCCUUUUAGCACCAAUGUAAUUAGCACUACGUGUAGAAGGGCUCAUGGCAGUUUUCUGAAGCUCAGCACAUUAUUUCUUCAUGGGUUUAGCUUGUUAGAAAUCAGUAGUUUUAGGAGACUGUAUGCAGGUUACUAAGUACAAUCUGUUGUGUAUGCACAAACAUAUUUCAAGUUGAUGCUUUCCUUGAAAUUAUUUUGUCUUAAACUUACAGAUGGCUACCAGCCCUUCUGAAAGCCUCAGAAAGGCUAAUUGUUACUAAUAAGCUCCCUGUAUUUAUUUGAGCACUGGUAGGACUCUUAACCCUACAUCUUUUCUUUAAAGAACACACAAAUAUAACAGACUUUAAAAGAAUAUACACCUAUGAGGAAAAUGGAAAGGGAUAAAAAUAUGAUCUACUGGUUUUUAACAAAAAUGUUAAGUUUAAAAUAGUUACUAUACACCAAAAUUUUUAAAAGUGGGGCGGCACUAAUGUAUUUACUACCUUGUUUCUGAACACUUUGUAUCUUUGGAAAGAUUAAGGUACUUGGAACUUUCAAAUACUUAGCUUUCUUUAGAGUUUGUGCUUUUCUAGUCUAAAAGGGACAGUAGUGUUGUGCAUGUGAAAUGUCUUAAAUGUACAUGUUUUGGAGUGAAUAGAAAUUUUAAGUCUAAUUACUAGUUAUUUAUGAAACACAAAAUUUAAAGGGCACAAAGUUCUGUAGGAGGAAUGAAGCAUCUUUUAGAUCUUUCCUCAACUGAAUGCUUUUCAGCAGUCACUUUUUAAUGCUGGCAGGAAGGGUAAAUAGCUCAAAAGUUUUGCUGUUAAGAUGUCAAAAAGACUUUCAGGACUGUUGAAGCCACUGGGACCAACCGCAAAACUAAAAGAAUAUGGUUAAAAUAUAACUUGCAAUCCAGUCAUAUUGCCUGGUGCUUCAAAAUGUUAUAACGAAUUAACCUGUUUGCCUUUAUUUCAUUUCACAUAAACUGUUUUUGGCUGGUUGGUUUUUAAGUACUAAGGAUGCUAAUAUUAUUUGUUUUCUUUUAAAGUAUUUAAGUCAUCUUUGGAAAAUGUACAGUUAUGGCUUUGCAGGGAACAAGGUGAAAUACAGGUUUAUAAAUAUUUUCAGUGUUAUAUUUUUGUCUUUGAAUUGCUUUAAAAAGUGGCUGAAUACAAAUAUUUUGAAUGUCUUGAAAAAAACUUUAUUUUUCAUGGUUUUGUGUUUGUUUUUUUGGUUUGGAUUGGUAUGUUUUGUUUUGUUUUUUUCUCUUGUGGCUUUUGUGCUGAUUCUUUUUGGCAUAUAACAAUCAUUGCACUUUAGUAGACAAUGAAAUUAUUACAUCUGUAAGAGGCAAUUUAAACUUCUCCCCCUUAAAUUAUGAGAAAACUGGUUUCAGGUAUUUAAGUCAAAUUAAAUAAUAAAAUAAUUGAAGAUAUUUCUCCUAAUGUGCCUUGUUACAUAUAUGUUUAGGGGAGAGGAUUUAAAACACUACCAAAUUAUCAUAUUUUCAUUCUUGUUUUAUUUUUGCUAUUUCUAAUUAAUUUGGUUAUUUGAUAUAAUGUCUUACUUAACAGACAUUAAAACAUUUCUGUCUGACAACCUGGAAGUGUUUGUCUGGAUCAAACCCAACUGUUUCAUGAAACAGUGUAUUCAGUAAUUUAGAUUGUCUCCUGACUUCACCUCACACAGCAACUUCUUCCUAGUUUCCAAAUUUCCUUGAGCAUCUUGAUUCUUAUUUAUUGCAAGAGGCUGUUGUGCUACCACUGAUCAAUGGCUUGCUGUCUUUCACCAAGUUAAACUGUAACACUGCUACUGCUGAAAUGCAUACACAAAGCUUUUAUUGAUGAACUUCAUUCUUCAUUUUAAUUGCAGUGCCAGUGAAAUUGUUGCCAUUGUAACCUUCCCCCUUUGAAAGAGAGGGAUCUUUGCAGAUGUUAUCUUAUACCUUCCUCCAAAUAAUUUUUAUCAUUGUAGUAACUUUUACAACACUGUCAGGUGCUUAGUUGUCUCUGCUUUAUAUGGCUAUAUUGCCUUGCCACAGUGAAUAGGCAGAUAAUGUAAUGCCUAAGUGGCUUAAAAGAGAAGUAUUUGAUAGAAAAUUUUUUUUAACUAUUUCUUGUGAAGAAUAUAUGAGGACAGAUAGGUUGUCUACGAAGUAGUAUUUGAUCAUAGUAUGAACUUAACUGCAUGAUAAUUCCAGUAGUAGAAGGAAGUGUAAGUGGCCUUACGUCUAUGAAAGUUUGAAGUUUCAUUCUGCAUCCUUAGAAACAGUAUUGUUUAACAUAAGGUGCUCUAGUCAGUGCAAUGUAUGUGGGUGUGUUUAUAUAUGAAUAAUGUUUUUGUGGUGUGUUUGAUACCUUACAGAUACUAGCAAUUGAAACAACUUUUCCAAGAAAGAGAAAAUUAUUUCACAUAACUGGUUUUGGUUCUUGGUUUUUUUUUUUUGUGGGGUUUUUUCGGGGUGGUUUUUUUGGGGUGUUUGGGGUUUUGUUUUUUGUUUUUGUUUUGUUUUUUGUGGGAUUUUUUUUUGUUUGUGGGGGAGUUUGUUUGUUUUUGGGGGGGUGUGUUGGGGGUUUUUUGUUUGGGUUUUUUUUUUUUCCUCUUGUUAUUAGGCUACAAAGAUAUCUUGUGCGUGAAUGACACCAAUGGUACUCUGGUUCCCUUUGGACAAUACAGUGUUGUGCAGAUGUCCACACAGGAUCUUUUAGCACUAUCUUCAAGUAGCUCUGCCUGUCUCUGUGUUGUAUCACUAGGCACAUUCUGCAUUGUUAAUGAUUAAUUUCUAGUGAAGAACAAAUAAUGCAUCAACACAAUUUAAUCUUUGGAAGAGAGGGAAUACUGAAUAUAAUAUUCAAUGUGAAGAAGCUUCUACUACUUUGUUAGAAGCUGUUAUUGUUAAAGAUUUACACAUUCUACACACUUCCAAUUUUUCAAUGUGAUCAUAGAAUCAGAGAAUAUCAGAUUGGAAGGGACCUCAAGGAUCACCUGGUCCAACCUUUCUUGGUAAAAUCACAGUCUAGACAAGAUGUUCCAACACCCUGUUCAGCUGAAUCUUAAAAGUGUCCAAUACUGGAGAAUCCACCACUACCCUAGGGAGAUUAUUCCAGUGGCUGAUUGUUCUCAUUGUGAAAAAUUUUCCUCUUGUGUCCAACUGCAAUCUUCUCAGGAGUAACUUGUACCCCUUACCCCUCAUCUUUUCCAUGUGCCUUCUUGUAAAAAGGGAAUCUUCGUAUCCUUGUAGAUAAAGGUCUCCCUUGAGCCUUCUUUUCUCAAGACUGCACAAACUCAGUUCUCUCCACCUCUCUUCACUCGGCAGGCUUCCCUGUCCUUUGAACAUCUUUGCGGCCCUUCUCUAGACCCUCUCCAGACUGUCCACAUCUGUUUUGCAUUGCAGGGACCAAACCUGAGCACAGUAUUCCAGGUGUGCUUGACAAGCAAUGAGUAGAGCAGGUGCCCCUGGUGAAUCUGUGCUAGCUUUCCCCAAUCACAUGCUUCGUUUGGCUUGUAAUAGCCCUCAGGAGGAUUUGCUCCAUAACCUUUCUGGGACUGAAGUAAGACUGAUGGGCCUGUAAUUUCCUGGAUCCUCCUUUGAGCCCUUCUUGUAGAUGGGGGUGACAUUUGCUUUCUUCCAGUCUUCUAGGACAUCCCCCAAUAUCCAUGACUUCUCAAAGAUUAUGGAGAGCAGCCUUGCAACGAUUUCAGCCAGCUCUCUUAAUGCCCUUGGGUGGAUAUUGUCAGGGCCUAUUGAUUUGUAGGGGUCAAGCUCCUCUAGCAGUUCACAUACCAACUCUUCCUUUACUGAUGGUGGAUCUGUGUUUGCAUUAACCUGGAUUUUUGUUCCCAAGGCCUGGGGCCCAACAGUGCUGGUAAAGAGAGAGGUAAAGAAAGUGCUGAGAACUGUUGCCUUUUCAGCAUCUUGAUGACUAAUUCACCCCUACUGUUUACCAGCAGGCCAAUAUUUUCAUGCUGUUUCUGUUGGUUCUCUACAUGCCUGAAAAACCCUUUCUUGUAGUUUUUGACAUCUCUGGGUCAAUUUCAACUCAAGCUGAGCUUGGCUUUUCUAACUGCAUGUCUGCACACCCUGGCAAUGCUCUUGUAGUUCUCAAUGGGUAUUUGUCUGCUUUUUCAUCCCCAGUACUCUUCUAUAUGGUUUUGAGCAGACUCAGACAGCUCACACUUAAGCCAACGGGGUAUCUUGCUCCAGCUACUUCCCUUACCUUUACAGGGGAUGAACUGUUUUUGUGUUUCCAGAAAAACAUUCUUAAAAAAUUCACAGCAUUCACUAGCUCUUUUAUCCUCCAUGGAAGCUUGCCAUGCAAUCCCUUCCAUCUGAGCUCUGAGCGAGCUGAAGUUUGUUCUUCUGAAACACAAAACCUUUGUCUUAGUACUAACCUUCAGUGUGCUCAGCUGGAUCCCAAACUCUACAAUAUUGUCAUCACUACUACUAAGACUAUCACUAACUGUUACUACAAAGCAGGUUUUCUUGGUGUGUGAGUAGCAAGAUGUCCAGCAGUGCCUCAUUCCUGGUUGGCACAUCUAUACAUCCAAGAACUUGAUGGAUGACAUGGGAGCUGCUGUGUUGAUUUCCAACGUAUAUUUGAGUAGUUGAAGUCACUCAUAAGAACCAGGUUCUGUUGACCCAAAGCUUGCUUAAGUGACCCAAAUAUUGCUUCAUUUGCUGCCUUGUCUUGGUUUGGAGAUAAGUAGGAGGUGCCUACUGUAAGAUCCCUUUGGAGACUACCCCUCUGAUCUUGAAAUGGAGGCAUUUGAUAAGGUUUCCACAAUAGCUAUAGUGGACUUCUAUACAUUCAAGGUUUUCCUUAACAUAGAGUGUAAUUCUUCCUUGUCUUCUCUGCCUGUCUUUGCAAAGCAGCCUAUAGCUAUCCAUCACAAUCCUCAGGUCAUGUAAGCAUUCAUGUUUCAGUUAUUCCUAUGAUAUCAUAACUUCCUGUCCAGAUGUAGAGCUCCAGUUCCUCCUGUUUUUACCCCAGGCUGUGUAUACGUAGGCACUGGUAUACAUACACUUUAGGUGGUUGUCAUCUUUGGAGACAGCUGGUCUUCUGGUUGUCAUCUUUGGAGACAGCUAAGGAACAUUUGUCACUGCUCCAGUUGGCCUGACUUAUUCUCCAGACCAAAAAAAACCCCAAUCUAUAUUGCAGGAAAAAAUAUCUUCCAAAUAAUUAUUGUCUUUCAUUUUGUGGUUAAUUCUGAGUUUAUGAAAUUAAUCUGUGUACCUAGCAAUAUAAUUUUAAGUUUGCUUUUGACAGUUUUUUGAGAGAACCAAUAAUUUAACCAGUUUUGAACGUUCAACGUGGACCAAAGAAAGUAGUCCUGAUUUUGUGUAAAGUAACUUUCUGGUUUUGAAGUACACUGUUUUUAUUGGUCUAAUGGCAAUAAUGUUCCCACUUCAACAUAUUGCACAUUGAUUUUUUUUUUUUUUGCUUACAAGUUUUAUUUGAUUUCUGUUGUGGGGAAAGGCAUAUAUAAUGUCAUUUGAGCGGGAGCUCUAAUAACUGUAAGAAGUGAUUUAAUUGUUAUUUCCUGUUUUAAUUUAUGCAUUUCAUGCAUUAAGCAUACUCUAAUAAUGCCUUCCCUUCAUUAAAUCUGAAUAUUAUAUCAUGAGCAUAAUAUGCUGUAUGGUUUUGUACACAGCCAUUCAACACUGCAUUUGUAUAAUUCCACAUAAGCAGACACAAUAGUAUUCCUGGGUGUAAUGAAGUGUGGAUGAAUCAGGGCCAAAAAAGACCCAGUAUGUGACUCUAAUAAGGCUUAGAAAAACGAUUGUGAACACAAGAAUCUUUCUUUUCAGUUGCUCUUCUGUUUCUAGAAAUAUGCUUUUUCAUCAUAUAUGUAUUUCACUUACAGAGAAAAAUGUGAAGAUUAGUUGUUAGGAUGACAACUGCAUCCUAAUGUAAUUCCAAGCAAUUUGAGAUAGAAUAAGAUUCUGAAUGUUCUUCAUAAAUUAUAAUGGAGUGUUACAUAUAUAAAUGCUAAAACAUACAUAAUUUUAUUUAGUUACCAGAAUUUAACAUAUAACUGCAUCAGCACACUGGCAGAAUACCUUCUGGGAGCAGCCCAAGGUGAAAAGACUGUUUAAAUCCUCAGCUGCUGCUUCAGAAGGAAUAAGUGUUCUUUGUGUACAGGUGAAUUCAAUGCAGCUGAAAUUUUGUAUUGCAUUAGAAGUCAGAUAUUUAGUCAUACCUUGGUCGUCACCACCACAACCUUUAAGGUCAGCAGGAAAACUAGUCUGUGCUCUCUUACAGCAGUGAAAUCUUCAGCUGGGCUGCAUUAGUUUGUCUGCUUAACUACAUGUUCCUUCGUGCAAAUGAAGUUGUCAUAGAAGGUAGACAUUAACCUGAGUACAUCCAAUUGGAUGCCUUGUAGGUGAGAAAGCUUGUGUCCUACCAGCAUGCUGUUCCCCACACUUGUUUCCUAGACUUAUACUUGAAAUAAUCUUGUGCAUUAAGUUUAAAUAUAAUCACAGAGAUAUCUCUAAAUCUGCAAAGAUGCUACUGUUCAGGGUGUUAUCCCAGUACAGCAGGUGUAAAAACAGUUAGACUCCAGAGUAAUGAUCUAAAGAAGUAUUUUCUUUCAGGAAUACACAUUUUUUUCACUUCUAAUUGUUCAUCUUGUAGUUACUGAAUGUUUUAGGAAGUUAGUGUGUGAAUACUAGUAAGAUUUGUCAGCUGUUAAAGGGAAUGGAUUGUAUGUCCUUUUGUGCUUCUGUGAAUUGGAAAAAAAAAACCCAAACCACCAAACAAUUCUAAGGCGACAUAAAUACUCAAGAGAUAUUUUCAAUAAAAUACAUAUUUGAUAUAAAUAGCAUUUUGAUUUGAGAUCUAACUUUCUAAAUUGAAUUCAGGUAUUUAAUGUCACCAUUAUAUAAUCUGUUUCUGGAUUAUUUGUCAGUAUAAGGUAUACAGAUGAGGCCUUUAGAGCUAAAAAUCUAAAACCUCUUAAAAUUAUGUGGCUGGAGAUUUUAGUAGUUUGAAACGUGCUUAGCUUUUAUACAAGCAAAGAAGUUUUGAAGGUCCUUAAUAUUUUGAGGUUUUAGAGGAUAAUCUGGUAUUUAUGUAACUCAAAUUUUGACUGUGGCAAUAUAUGGAAUAGAAUGUAAUUCUUCAGAAAUGCUUACAGAAAGCACUAUAGAUAGAUACCUGAUUUACAGUUAGGAAAAGGCUACAGUAUUUGACAUCUGUAUUGAUAACAACUGGACUGUAAGCUUUAUAAAUACAAUCAGUAUUAUAACCAUUUGGAUUUGGCUGAGCAAAUAAGGAGGAGAGGAAGAGGGAAAUUUGAAAAUCUUUAAAAAUGAGAAAGGUAAAAAAUAUCUACUAGUCUACUGACAAAAUUGGGACCCUGCAAUACUGGCUUUCGUCAUACACAAUACAUCAUACACAAUUCAGGAUAAUAUCUCUAUAAAGUGUCUUGUGAAUAGAAUGCAUUCUGCAAAUUUGUAUUAGAAAUAAAUGGUCAAAUUUUCACUUGAUGAAGUUUCCUAAGUAAAAGGGUCAUGACCUAGGCAUUGUUUUGAAACUCGAAGAUAGCAAGAACAGUGAUGGAGAAGAAUGAUUUAACAUAUAGUUGAUUUAUAUUUUUAAACGACUACAUUACACUGCAAAAAAGGUAUUAAUUUUGAGUUGUGGAUGUAUUGCAUGUUCAUGUAACAGUUUAGCUCCAAUUAACAAAAAAAAAAAAAGGUGACAUUUAAACUGUAAAUACUGUAUACUAUUAUCUUUAUUUUUUUUUAGCAACUUUUUUAUUUCCUGGUUUGUGUACAGUUCUCUAUGUACAUAUAGAAACAAAAAAAAGCAAACCACAACAUUUUGAGAAACGUUGUAGUUAACUCUUUUGCAUUUUAACUGCAGUAAUGGUCUAAACAUAUCCAUUCAGCUGUUUGUUUAGUUCUAAGAUUUCAUCAUAUGCUUUCAGGUUCUUUGAAAAGCAGCAAUAACAGUUGGACUUUAAAUAAAAGUAAAACUUCCUUCUGCACAGUUUCCACUUUCAUGAUUUAGAAUGGAGGCACAGUGGAACACUUGUCCAAUUGCAAGAUUUCAAGAUCCUUUAAGUAAUUUUUAUCUCUUUUUAUUUUUUUGUGAUGGAAAAUGUUUCAUAGUAGCUUGUAUACAGAAUUUACAAAUCAAACAUGAUUUCUCAUGCUCAUUUAUUUGAUUAAAAAUUGCUGUUAAAAUAUUUUCAUGAACUUUCCAUAGCUUAUUGCAUGUCCUUGUAACCAUAAAACUGUGUGUCGACUUCUGUAUGAAAUACUCUGAUAACAAGUUUUACAUCUCGUGAACCUGAUUGAAAUGUACAAAUGUACACAUAAAUAAAGCUAAAAUUAGUAAUUAAGUGAUG